GCGCGCGCGAGAAAUCUGCUGAGCAUGCGCGAAGGUGCAGCGGCCGGAGAAGCCCUUUCUCAUCAGGACAGAGCGCAACGACUCCGGGGCGAAAGGGCAGCCGGUGCAGCGAAGGGCGAACAGGCCAGUCUAGAGAAGAGCGGUGGCGCGCGGGCUGAGGAGAGGGGGGGGGGUCGCUUCCUGGAUGCGGGACGGAGCGGAAGCCAUCGCCGUUCUGAGCGCGGCUCCCCCUCCCCCCUCCCCCUCCUCUUCUUUCCUCCCCUCCUCGGCUUUUGCCAGCGCGCGCUCUCUCUCUCUCCCUCUCGCGCGCCUCGUUCCCUAAGGGAGCGGCUGUUCUGUGGAGCCGCGCCACCUCCCCUUCCGGAAGGGGGCGCUAUUCCUUCGGCUGAAGCGCCGCGUUCGCCUCGCCGCGCCUCCUCCCAUGAAGCUCCCCUGGCGGAGGCCGGGGCCUGCGCUGAGGUGGGGAGGGAGGCGGCCGCGGCCGCGGCUGCUGCUGCCUUAGGUCGAUGCCUGCUCGCUUGCUCGCCUGCCUAGGGCGGAGAAGGGCGGCGGCUGAGCGGGGAGGCCAGAUGAGGAGGAGGAGGAGGCCGCCGCUGCCGCCGCCACCGCCGGGCCCCCCUCAGCCCCACCUGCCUCGCCAGGUAAAUGCAUCACAGCUUCUUGUGUGACCUCCCAUGCUGCUCCAAGAGUUGCUCAAUCCUCUGGACCAGAUUCGCCUGCUUCUUGGGAGAAAAGCAAUGACAAACCUAGACAGCAUCUUAAAAAGCAGAGAUAUCACCUUGCCUACAAAGGUCCGUAUAGUUAAAGCUAUGGUUUUCCCAGUAGUGAUGUAUGGAAGUGAGAGCUGGACCAUCAAGAAGGCUGAUCGCCGAAGAAUUGAUGCUUUUGAGUUGUGGUGCUGGAGGAGACUCUUGAGAGUCCCAUGGACUGCAAGAAGAUCAAACCUAUCCAUUCUGAAGGAAAUCAGCCCUAGGUGCUCACUGGAAGGACAGAUCGUGAAGCUGAGGCUCCAAUACUUUGGCCACCUCAUGAGAAGAGAAGAAUCCUUGGAAAAGACCUUGAUGUUGGGAAAGAUGGAGGGCACUAGGAGAAGAGGACGACAGAGGACGAGAUGGUUGGACAGUGUUCUCGAAGCUACGAACAUGAGUUUGACCAAACUGUAGGAGGCAGUGGAAGACAGGAGUGCCUGGCGUGCUAUGGUCCAUGGGGUCACGAAGAGUUGAACACGACUAAACGACUAAACAACAAACAACAACAACUGGACCAGAUUCCGUUUUUUCCUGCUCCCACCAAUUCCCCCCCCCCAACACACACACCAUUUUUGCAUCACAAAAAAGGCAAGUGUGUAUGUUAAAUAAGUGCAAGUUGUAAGUUACCUGUAUCUGCUUGGAUAGCAUUUUGCUACGUGUUAGAAAGUGUAAAAAUUCUAUCACUGAAUGAUUGCAAUAGUAGGGGAGUUAGCUUAACAAGGUGUAGAUACUGAUUAAGAAAUAUUGCAAGCUAAAUUAAUAACACUAGCAGUAUCGUCCUGUUGAUAUUUACACAGAAGUCCUUGUGGGUUCAUUUGGGACCUUUGCCUAGUUAAGUGUGCUUAGGUCUGCAGCAUUUAUUUGGAAUAUUUAUGAACUGCUUAACAUUACAAAAUACCAUAGUGGUGUACAAGAAUAAAACAAUGAAAACAUAACAAGUAAGAACAGUUAUAAAAAGAAAUUAGAUACUGCCCACAAUUCAACUCGUCCUCCUGAGAAUGCCAGUAAAAGCAUUUGAGAAGCAUGGAGCCCAGGUGUAUAACACACAUAAUGGCUCAAUAUUCUUUUAUUGACGAUGAUUUUAGAUGGCUGAAAAUUAUUUUAAAUAAAUCACAAUAAUUGAACUUGUGAGCUUCUCAUAGGCAUAUGGAUGGCCACCAUGGAAAAUAUGUUGGACCAGAUUAAUCUCUGGUCUGAUCCAGCAAGGCUCCUCUUAUUGAGUUGCAUUGUGCUGUAUGUAGAAAUGUUCUGUAUAAAUGUUUUUUUCUGUAGACCUUAUAUACUUCUCUUGAUUUAUCCUGUCAAGACGUGCAAAAACAAAUAUUGUAAAAGUCUAGAGAAGAAAUCAAAAUAUUAAUCUGGAAUCUUUUACCAUUGAAGAACACAAUCAAUAAAUGACAUGCUGAGGCUUGACCUAAUCCAGGGAUGGUAAUCCAGCGAUGGGAAGCAGUUGCUGUGUGAUUUGAGUUCUCAUCAUCCAUGAUCACUGGACACAUGCUGGGACCCAACAGCAUCUGGGGGGACCCAACAGUUCCUCAUCCCUGAUCUAAUCUAUGUGGGGAAUGGUUUGUAAGCCCUUUACACCUUGUUGCAUAACUAUGUAGUAUACUGUUUGCAGCAGUGAAUGUAUGUAUAUUAAGUGGAAAACUUUGGGCAAGAUAAGGAGCAGGUCUGAAAACUUGUUUGGCUGGAAUUUGAUCUGCAUGUGUUACACGUUUUCUUUUGUCUAGGAUGAAUGAAAUGAGCCUGAACCCUGUAGGGAUGGAGCAGCUGACCGCUUCCUCUGUGAGCAAUGCCCUGACUGUCUCGGGAAGCCACUUAGGGUUGGCUUCCUCACCAACACACAAUGCCAUAACAGCACCAGGAUUACCAGUUGCAAUUCCAAAUUUGGGGCCCUCCUUACCUUCUGCUCUGUCCCUGAUGCUUCCAAUGGGCAUUGGGGAUCGGGGAGUGAUGUGUGGAAUACCAGAGAGAAACUAUACCCUACCUCCACCACCAUACCCUCACCUGGAGAGCAGCUACUUCAGACACAUUCUACCUGGUCUUUUAUCUUAUUUAGCUGACAGACCUCCACCUCAGUACAUCCACCCCAACAAUAUAAAUGUUGACAGUAAUCCAGCUUUAUCUGUCUCCAACAACCCUUCAGGCUUAGAUCCCUACCAGCCCAAUGGAACGGUGGGUCUCGAACCAGGCAUUGUCUCCAUGGAUUCCCGCUCAGUGAACACACACAACACCCAAAGCUUGCAUCCCAGCGACAGCCAUGAGGUAGCUCUGGAUACCACAAUCUCCAUGGAAAGUGUUUCGAGGGUUACCAGCCCAAUCUCUACUGACAGGAUGGCUGAGGAACUUACAAUGGGUGAUGUGGCUGGGGAUCAUUCACAGAUUGCAAAUGGAAGCCAUAGUCAUGAGCCUCUAGCUGUGGAUGCUGUGGGUAGCAGCUUAGCCACGGACACUGUAGGUCAUAAUGGUGUCCUCCCUAUUCAUGGUAGCAGCUUGGAGCUUCCUGUUGUUAUGGAGCCUGACCACAUUGCAGGCCGUGUCAGUGGUCUAUCUGACAGGACGCUUGGCGACUCCAUUCAUGCGGUGGCCAUGAGCAGCAAUUCUGUGAGUGUGGCACUUUCUACCUCACACAACCUCACGUCCCUGGAAUCCGUCUCCUUACAUGAAGUGGGUCUCAGUUUAGAGCCUGUGACCUCCAUAAGCCAGGAAGUAGCCAUGGGACAAACUCAUGUGGAUGUCUCCCCGGACAACCUUUCCUUUGUGCCGUCAUCGCUGCAGAUGGAGGACUCCAAUUCAAACAAGGAGAACAUGGCUACCUUGUUUACCAUAUGGUGCACACUCUGUGAUAAGGCCUACCCAUCUGAUUGUCCAGAUCACGGGCCUGUGACCUUUGUUUCAGACACCCCCAUCGAGAGCCGAGCCAGGCUUUCUCUCCCGAAACAGCUUGUCAUCCGCCAGUCUCUCAUGGGAGCCGAAGUUGGUGGGCAGUAUUGUCAGUUAUCAACAUGUCUUGGAUCUUCCUCCUUGGGUGUGUUGGCUAGAGAAACUAUUCCUGUACGCACUUGCUUUGGACCCCUCAUUGGGCAGCAGAGCCACUCCAUGGAAGUAGCAGAUUGGACAGACAAAGCUGCCAAUCACAUUUGGAAGAUGUACCAUAACCAUGUCCUGGAGUUCUAUAUCAUCACAACUGAUGAAAAUGAAUGUAAUUGGAUGAUGUUUGUGCGGAAAGCCAGGAAUCGGGAAGAACAAAAUUUGGUGGCUUAUCCUCAUGAUGGAAAGAUUUACUUCUGCACCUCACGUGAUAUCCCUCCAGAGCACGAGCUUCGAUUUUACUACAGUCGAGAUUAUGCCAGACAGAUCGGUGUUCCUGAGCAUCCUGAUGUGCACACUUGUCACUGUGGAAAAGAAUGUUCUUCCUACACAGAAUUCAAGGCCCAUCUGAAUAGCCACAUCCAUUUCCCCAGCCAGGGGCACAGCAGCAACCAUGGACCAGGCCACAGUAAGGAGAGAAAGUGGAAGUGCUCCAUGUGUCCUCAAGCUUUCAUCUCACCUUCUAAGCUUCAUGUUCACUUCAUGGGGCACAUGGGCAUGAAGCCACACAAGUGUGAUUUCUGUAGCAAAGCCUUUAGUGACCCUAGCAAUCUCCGUACACACCUCAAAAUACACACAGGUCAGAAGAAUUAUCGCUGUGCUCUCUGUGAAAAGUCCUUUACUCAGAAGGCCCACCUGGAGUCUCACAUGGUUAUCCAUACAGGGGAGAAAAACCUCAAGUGUGAUUACUGUGACAAGCUGUUCAUGCGACGGCAGGAUCUCAAACAGCAUGUGCUCACACAUACCCAAGAACGCCAACUUAAAUGUCCCCAAUGUGAGAAGCUGUUCUUGAGGACAAACCAUCUAAAGAAACACUUAAAUUCUCAUGAAGGAAAACGGGACUAUGUCUGUGAAAAAUGCUCCAAGGCUUAUUUAACAAAAUAUCAUCUCACUCGUCACCUAAAAAUCUGUAAAGGACCAACCUCCAGUCUCUCAGCCCAGGAAGAUGACGAGGAUGAUUCUUCAGAGGAAGAGGAAUUGAUACACUCUGUAAGGAGUGACACCUGUAGACUUAAUACAAACAUGUAUGUGACAAAUGACGCACUCUCUUGCCACAAAUAA